AUGCCAGAAGGCAAGAAGAAGAAACCAACAAGACAAAACACCGAAGUCAUCGAACAGAAUACGAAAUCAUUGCGAGGAUUAUUAAAAUGUUAUAAAGAAAAAAGUGUAGAAGCCAACAGUGUUCCCUGUACGGAAGUGACGAAAGUCAUUCGAUCAUUAAUUGAAGAUGGUGAAGGUGGACUUCUCAGAGAGGUAUUUCUUCGGCCAAUACCUUUGAAAAAGCCAGUUGAACCGUCCGAUGAAUCCACCGCGAAUGCCGAACCGAUUCCUAUCCCACAAACACAUGUUAGACCGUUAGUUCGCGCAUUGAUCGCAACAAGAAAUGAAACGAUCAAAGUUUUUUGUGUGUGGAAUCUUUGCAUGGAUCUAAUGGAUUGUAUUGAUCUCAAUGCCUAUUUAAGACUUCCAACAACUUAUGUUCAGACUCUUAUACUUAACGAUUGCCUUCUUCAACCAUAUUCUCUAUCAAGACUAACGUUAGAUUACUUUAUAUAUGGUACUCUUCGGAUAGUAAAUCUGGAUUUUAAUGAAUUUGGUGAUGAAGGAUGUUCGAUCUUAUGUUCUAAUUUGUUGAAAAAUCAUGGAAUAUUUCGACUCUCGUUGACAUAUUGUGAUAUCGGACCUGAUUCUGGAAAAGCAUUAGGUGAACUUUUAGUUCAGAGCGCCGUACGCGAACUUUAUCUCGAUGGUAAUCGACUUGGCUGUAUAGGAGCAAAUGAUCUCAUCAAAUCAUUGGUAGUCGAAUGUGAAAAAGUACUCAGCGAUAAACGUGAUCGAAUCCGUGCUGAAAAUGAACUAAAAGCACAAGAAGCUUUACUUCGAGAACAACAAGGUCUACCACCGGAACCAGUUGUCGGAGAGAAGAAGAAGAAAAAAAAGAAAAAGAAAAAGAAGCAAUUAGAUGAAGAAUUUCCACCAUAUGGACCUAUCGUCUCAAAACUUCAUUUGUUUGACAAUGAGAUUGACUGUUUACAACCAAAUGGUUUGACCAUUGUUCAGGAGACAAUCAAUACUUAUGCUCGAUUGAUUGAAAUCUCCGAAGACUUAGAAGAACUCGAUCUCGAUGAAAACGUCAUCGGACAUGUUUGCGGAGGAAUUCUUCUAGAUGCACUAAAAGCCCGAAAAGAAAAUAAACUCAAGAAAAUUCGCAUCAACGUCAGCGAAAAGAUCGAUCAAUACGUUUUUGCAGAUAUUCUCAAACUCAGUGCUAAGCUAAAGAAAAAACGCAAGCGAGCGAAAAAGAAGAAAUAA